GUGUGUUCGGUAUUUGUGUGUGAAAAACAGGCGCAUGCGCUCCACGAGACUCAAGACACGGACGGGAAGCGCCAGACCGCAGCAGCUGCAGAUUUUUCCCAUCAGUCGGGGGGGAGAAGCGGCCAGGAGGUGGAGAGGACAGCAGGAAGAGAUGGGAAUACUGUAAUCCCGGGGAGGGAGGGGGGGAGGGAUGGACGGACGGAUUGAUUUUAAACGCACAGAAGCACGGAGACCACCAGCACUUGACACCACAUCAUCCACCGUAUUCCGUGAGGAGCAACGCGGCGAUGGCUGAGGACAAGUGAAUUACGGGCGCGCGUCCAUCUGAAGUGAUGAGACAGAAGCGCGCGGCUGGAUCCGUCUGUCAGGUUGUAUAAUGGAGAGCUCCAAUGGCUCCGACACCAAACCGCAGAGCCAUCACCCUCAUCCUCAGGUGGAGAAGAAGAGGUUAAACCGCGCGCCUUCCCCUGCCAGACCCGUCCUGAAAGAUGUGCACUCGCGAACGGCCAAACCGAUCGUGCCAAAAUCCCCCAAAUUCAACAAGCAGCCAGCGUCCGCCGCGCCGGUGACGCCUCAGAGCCGCGUUCCGAGACGCACCGUCCCGGGCGCGAAAGACAAAACCGCAUCAGCACCUGCAAAGAGCAACACCAAGCCCUCAGUGACAAAAAAAGCCGUUAAGGUCACUCAGCAUGCAGCAUCCGAGCCGAAACCGGCCUGUAAAGCGGUGGAUACCGGCGCUCCGCAGAUGGCCAAAAUCAAGGCACGGCUGGCCCCUAUACGCGUCCCCACCGCACGCGGCGUCUGUCAGACGGACAGCAGCUCGGAUUUGUCCGACUGUCCAUCCGAGCCGCUGUCCGACGAGCAGAGACUCGUUCGGGCCGCCAGUAGCGACGCGGAGUCUGGCAGCGGCUCCGGUUCGAGCGAGCAGGCGGCCGGGGUUCGGGUGCGCGGAGGAUCUCAGGCUGCACUUGUGCCCGGUGCGCACGCGGACAAAUGCAAAGCCGGGAAAGAUGCACAGUUCAAACCGGAGGGCAAGGAAAUGGCCCAGGAGGAACUGCUGAGGGAAAUCGAAGACCUUCGAUCGGAAAAUGACUACCUCAAGGAUGAAGUGGACGAGUUGCGAGCAGAGAUGGAGGAGAUCAGGGACAGUUACCUGGAGGAGGAGGUGUACCAGCUCCAGGAACUGCGCAGGGAACUGGACCGCUCCAACAAGAACUGCCGAAUCCUUCAGUACCGCCUGCGCAAGGCUGAACAGAAGAGUCUGCGUGUAGCUCAGACCGGACACGUCGACGGAGAGCUUCUGCGUGGUCUGGAGCAGGACCUCAAGGUGGCCAAAGAUGUAUCUGUGCGUCUACACAAUGAACUGGAGAUGGUGGAAGACAAGCGCACACGGGCGGAGGAUGAAAACGAGCAGCUCAGGCAAAAGCUCAUCGAGGUGGAGAUCUCCAAACAGGCCAUGCAGAACGAGCUCGAGAGAGCCAAAGAGACUGCUCUGCGGAGGCGAAGCAGUAGAGAAACCUUCAAAGAUAAGAAGUCUUUAACUCAGGAGGACAGUGCGGAUCUGCGCUGCCAGCUACAGUUUUCCAAGGAGGAAUCGGCUCUUAUGCGUAAAAAGAUGGCAAAACUUGGCCGCGAGAAGGAUGAACUGGAACAAGAAUUGCAGAACUAUAAAUCAGUAUAUGGAGACGUGGACAGUCCUUUGCCCCUGGCAGAGGUGACAGGCGGAGGCCCCCACACCUCCCGGGAAGCUGAAUUAAGGUUACGGCUCAAACUGGUGGAAGAGGAAGCCAACAUUCUGGGAAGGAAGAUCGUAGAGCUGGAGGUGGAAAACCGUGGCCUUAGGGCAGAAAACGAAGACCUGCGCUGUCAGUACGAGAGGGACUGUUUUGGGCGUGAACCCUUCUCGAGUGUCCCUACCUCACCGUAUGGUGGCGAUGCCCUGGAAUCUGCAAGUGAACUGCGGCGACACUUGCAGUUUGUGGAAGAGGAGGCAGAGUUGCUGCGGCGCUCCAUCUCUGAGAUUGAGGACCACAACAAGCAGCUGACGUCUGAGCUCAACCGCUUCAAAUUUGGACCCAGCCAAGCUGACUGGGAGUCCGAGGGAGCUGAGGGUGGAAAUGGUGGCUCUCUCAAACCUGGUAAUGGAGGAGGUAAUGGUUCCUCGGGAGCAGGGAGUGGUGCCACACCGCAGGAGGAGCUGAAAGCCGCAAGACUCCAGAUCAAUGAGCUUAGUGGGAAGGUGAUGAAGCUGCAGUAUGAGAACCGGGUGCUAAUAUCAAAUAUGCAGCGCUGUGACUUGGCGGCACACUUGGGAAUACGCACCAGUAGCCCACGGGAUAGUGAUGUGGAUAGCGAUGCCGGGCGAAGGGAACCAGAUGAGGAUGAGACGGCCAGGCUUCUGCUUCUCCACCCCAAACGUGAGGGUCCUGUUGGCGGGGAGAGCGACUCCGACGACUUGUAUGAGAAAACAGCGACUUCUGGAUUCGCCAGUGGCGAGAAACCCUCAGAUCCUGGAGAGCUGGGAGUGGCCGAGUUUGCCCGGCGGAGACGGGAAGACCGGGAGACACUCCAUAACGUCAGGCGUGAAGCUGAGAUGCUUGGUAAAACUGUAGAGCGGGUCAUCGCGGAUACGGACAGUCUGAUCCGCGAAGGUCGUCUGGUUGUCCUGGGAGGGGACCUUCUUGCGGAAGGUUCGGAGUUCAGAGGUGAUGGGGACUCUGCUGAAUGUAAACCCGAUUCUCAGGUGCUGGAUUCCAUCAACACCCGCAUGAGGGCUUUCCGAACGGAACUCCAGCAAUUCAUGGACAAGGUAGACCACCUAGGGGAGGGUCUAAGGGACCGCAUCGACGACCUUUCCCCCAUGCCCAACCUCACCGAAUCUAGCAGCUUCCUUUCCACGGUUACCUCCAUGUCAAGGGACUCGCCUAUUGGGACACUGGGAAGGGAUCUGGUGACGGACUUCCAGUACGGGCGCAGGGAGGAGCAGGAGUGGUGCCUAGACCGGCAGAGUGUCCCGGAGGCCCCUGGACAGGGACAGGGCGCCGCUAAGGGCUCCGUCACAGCCAGGGGAGGCCCUGGACUCAGUAGAUACACCAGGCCCCACAGUUUCAGACCCGAGUGCUGGGAUUUUGAGACUGGUGUUCUGUGUUCUGAUGGGGUCCAGUUCCGUGACCCGGUCCUGGACCACGACAGGAGGAUGAGAGCUGGAGCGGAGGAGAAAGACAUCUUCACUUCAUCCAUCACUCAGGAGGAGGAGAGGAGGCGAGCCGAGGCCCGGCGAGGACUCGAGCUGCAGGGACUUCAAUCUCAUGAGCCAUCGUGGCCACAGGAAAGAGUCCUGCUGCAACAGGAAGUGAGGUUGUUCCACCACAACAUGGUCAUUGUCUACAUGAAGCUGCGCUGGAUCCUGAUGCACUGGAGGCUCGGCCGCAGGACGGACGCCCUGGAGGAGGGAGCGCAUACUGAGUAUGAACGAUUGGAGAACAUUCCAGAACUGGGCAUUAUGAUCGACCAGGGCGAUGGAGAGACAGAGAGGGAAGACAAAGUAUGCGCCCAAAUCACAGGAAGUGACCUCACAGAGCCCGGCCCCCUCCUGCUGUCACCGGAGAGAUUCCAGUACCAGAAACAGGCAGGUGACAGUCGGCGUGUGCUGCACGCGCUGCGCUCCCUGCUGGAGGAGUUCAGGGCGGAGCUCCGCGAGGAGGCGCAGCGGCGCUGCCAGCUACAGCAGACAUUAGCCAACGAGAGAGCGGCGUGGGAGAUACAGCGUGCUGAAAUGAGGAGUCACGUCACCAGGCUGCAGGAUAUGAGAGGAGAGUCUGCAGGCGCAGAUGAAGGUGCAGUUGUUUCAGAUGUGCUACAGCAGGAGCGGGAGGAACAGAGCCGUCUGCUGGCCGACAGUCACAGCACAGCACUGGACCUGCACUGGAAACUGCAGCAUGGAGAAAAGCGCUGGACCCAUGAGCGGAAUGAACUACUGGAGCGGUUCGAGAAAGAGAGGCAGGAGUGGGACCGCAGCUUACAGGAUAUGUACCGCAAAAUGGAAAAGAAAGAUGUUCUUCAGUCAGACGAAGGCACAGCACAUGUCUUCUCCCCUCAGGAGAGCCCCUGUAAGGCUCCUAGAUCUCCACGCUCCCCCUGCACAGCCACACACACACGUUCCCACUCCGAUUCAGAGGCCACACUGGAGGAGAAGGGGGCGCUGGGCAGACCCAGACCCUUAGAGAGCCUGUUCCUGGACGCCCUCUCUCUGGAUCCUCUGAGCGAAACCGAGGUGCCUCCUCCAUCACGUCUGGACAGCGAAAAACGAUUCCCCCACCUGAAGGAAGUAAGAGAGGGAGCACUGAAUGAGAUUUCUGAGAGUGUGGAUCCUGCCAUUUACCCUGAAGAAGAGAAGAGCGGCGGCAGCCUACUCAGGGCAAAGUCAAUCUGCUCCAUGAGUGACUUCCAACGUUUGAUGGACAGCUCCCCCUUCCUGCCAGAUAAGAGCAAGCCUGGCGAGCAUGGGCGGGAUGAUGUGACUCCUCCCCUUUCACCAGAUGACCUCAAAUACAUUGAGGAGUUUAAUAGUAAGGUUUGGGAUCUGCCCACCAGCUCCCUGGCCGCUUGCCCCAUUCCUGGCCCGGUAAUCCCCUCUCCAGCAAUGGAGGCCUGGACAGAGAGGGCAGAAUCCCGAAGGGCCGAGUCUUCAGAAGCAUUCCAGCCAGCCUCCUGGUACCUGACCACCAGCGCUACCUUAACCACCAACACCAUGAGUAUCCCUGAGUACUGCCAAAAGCUCCCACUCAGUGCAGCCCAGGGGGGUGAACAGUUUGGAGUGCAGGUCCUCCACAGUCCCAUUCGAGGGGAGCGGUCGGCUCCAGGCCCCCCUGAGCAGGAAUACAUGUUCUCCAAAGUAAAGGCAGAGGAGGUAGUAGGCGGUGCUGAGGAGGUGUUUGGAGGAAGGUGGCCAUGUGAGCUAAGGAGUCGUUUGGAGGCAGGACUUAGGCCUGGAGAACGUCCUUCGAUUUGUGCUGCUGUCGGGUAUACCUCGUCAUUAGAGCUGGAGCUGUCACGGAAUCUGAGUGAUGACAUGAAGGAAAAGGCGUUUUCUGCUCGGAAUGCCAUCCAAUCAUCUGCAUCCGGAUCCAGCCCUCCGGAAAGGCAGCUACGGGACAUGGCGUGUCAGACGAACGGUUUAACCACACGGGGAACACAGACCACCCAGACUAUCAGUGUGGGAUUGCAAACAGAGGCUCUUCGCACCCUCACAAGCAGCCCUCACCGCUGUCUGACACCCAAAGGAGGCUCCACACCCAUCUCAUCUCCUUCACGUAGCCUGAGAAAGAUGCAGUACUCUCCAGUCGUACAAGCCAAGUUUGAACGUCCAUGCUGUUCGCCGAAAUAUGGCUCACCUAAGCUCCAACGCAAACCUUCUAAUUCUGGCAAAGCAGAACAACCUGUUGGCCAAACCCGUGCUCCCACCCCAGCAACCACUGCUCAGCAGCAAAAAGGGAACAAUGAAUCCGCUUGGGCCCGUUCCACUACUACCAGAGACAGUCCCGUUCACACCACCAUCAAUGACGGCCUCUCCAGCCUCUUCAGCAUCAUCGACCACAUGCCAGUCGCUUAUGACCCCAUGCAGAAAUUCAACAAGUCCCCUAGCCGCUCUUGUCCCACUGAAGCAGGGCCGCAAGGGCCAACGGACCCCAAAUCUCCCAGUGUUUGUGCUGCACAGGGGCCUUUGAGGAACUCUCGGGGCCGGUCCCCAAGCCCUGUGCAGCUGAUCGUAGAGACGCAAGGCGAGAAAACUCCAGAUGUGAUUAGCAUCAGACAGGACCUGUCCGCUCCUCCGGGCUACACGCUAGCUGAGAACGCAGCACGGAUCUUGAAUAAGAAACUACUGGAGCAGAGCUUCAGAGAAGAAAGGAGGCUUUCCGCUUCAUCUGCAGCUGCUCCGGGCAAAACCGGAGACACAGAGAAACCAGGAUGUCUUGAGGACUUGCCUCGUUCUCCAGUGGCUCCACCUCUGGACUCCUGUUUCCUGCGUCCGGCUCGUCCUGCCAACCGCCGUCCUCCUUCCCGCUGGGCCGCCCACUCGCCCUCAUCCUCGCCCAACUACAAAGACCAAACGGAGAGGUUCCGCUUCCCCUCACCUGUCAGACCAGUUCAGACCAUCCCGGAGAUAGAGGAGCCCGGUCAAGAGGUUUUCCCUUAACCAGCCUAGACUACAUCCUUCUGUACUUUCUGUCACCUUAAGUUCUGUCAGCAACCUGUUUAUCACAACCUCAAGUAUGACUAUAAAUCGAGAUGUAGAAUAUGAAUUUAAAGUGUAACUUCUGAAAUGCCCCGAAAAAGAUAAGUGUGGUGAUAAAACAGAAUUAUAUUUAUGCUUUCACUCUCCUCAACCAUCUCCCAUUCCUGACCACACGUACGCACACCGUCGGAGCGACGGAACCAUCGAGAACCUUUCUAAAAAACAUUUAACUGCCCUGCCACUAGAGGGCAGCGUUCUGUGAGCACCAGCUGAACUGAUCCAAUAGGAAACAGUUCCAGAAAUUCCGUUUCGGAAUUAUCAAGGACCUGGAAUGUACUGACACGAAACACCGCAAAGUGUUCCAUCAGAGGUGCCUACACACGCGUGACCUCGCGACGGUCCCGUACUUGUGUGUGUCCGUGUACAUGUAUGCAAUACAUACCACUCGAUAUGUGUUGGUCAUGUAGCCGAAAACUUCUUUUCAGAUGUUCUGAAAAAUAUAAAUGGAUAGUAAUAACAUUUGUUGGAUCAGCAUAAACUUUUACAUGUGUUGAUUUUUGUUUAUUUUGGAGGGGUGAAUAUCAUUUGUUAAAUUAUGUUCUGUGUAUUUACUUUAUAAAAAGAAGAAAUUCUUAAUUUCUGCAUACAUCCCAUUUCGUUGAAAACCUUUGAUGCUUGAAUUAAAAAGACUCAGUUGUAUUUGUAAAGAGAAUUAGAUAAAGACUAAAGGAGAAAACACACACACACACACAUUCUAGUUCGACAGGGAUGAAUGAUACAUGAUGUCAAUCAUAAUGUAUUUUAAAAGCCAAUGUAAAACUGAAUGUUCGACUCUGUACAUGAUGACAGGAGAGUAUAUUGACACUGAUUAUCAUUAUGCACAUUUCCUGAAGGAAUAUAUGCAGGAUUCCAAUUGGAAGUUAACGUUGUAAUUUGAAACCAGUUGUAAAAGAGUUUAUUAACUGUAACAACAUGUAAAUCUGCUCUGGCUGAAACAUGCUGCAAAAACGAAUAAAAAUAAAACCAAAACUCAACGUUUCCCUCAGAUCCAAGAUUUAAAUUCAUGAAUAUUUAGUAAGCCAUCCAUUGAGGCAGUCUGUGAUUGGUUGUUUGUUGCUUAGCAACUCAUUGUUACAUUCUAACACUGGAUUGUUUCAUACUGUAGAAGUUUCGAAGCAAAUUAUGUGAGCUACAUCCGACAAUGUGAAAAAGUGAUGCAAAGCUAUUUUCAAAAUUAGAAGUUUGCAAAGUUGCUCAAACCAGGGAUAAAAUGAACCCUAAAUGAAUAGUUCGCCCGAAAAUGAAAAUUUGCUUUUUGUUUCUCCAUCAGAACAGAUUUGGAGAAAUUUAGCAUUCCGUCACUUGCUCACAAGUGGAUGCUCUGCAGUGAAUUGGUGCCGUCAGAAUGAGAGUCCAUGUGAACUGAUGGACUGGAGUGGUGUGGAUUACUUGUGGAUUAUUGUGAUGUUUUUAUCAGCUGUUUGGACUCUCAUUCACUGCAGAGGAACCGUUGCUAAGAAAGCGUUGUAUUGCUAAAUUUCACCAAAUCUGUUUCCAUGAAGAAACAAACUCAUCUACAUCUUGGAUGGCCUGAGGGUGAGUAAACUUUCAGCAAAUUUGCAUUUUCGGGUGAACUGUUUCUUUUGGAUUGGAUAGGAUAGUGUCUAAUAGUUUAGAAUUGGUUCCAAAUUAUGAGAUCUAUUCCACUAGGAAUCCAGUGCAAGUUUCUUCUGGAUGUCUUGACUAGGGUUUGGACAGCAGUUGUGCAGAUAUCAUAUUUGAUAUGCAUGCCUUUAAACACUAGCACUUUAGUGCAUGUACUCAGACGCUGUUGUACCUUGUAAUAAAGCUCUUGAUGUAAGCCCACACACACACACACACACACACUGCCGUUCACCGUGUGUGGCGGCUCGUGUCAUUUUCUUUGCCAUUGAAUUUGCAUUGACACAAUUGAGAACACUUUUUAAACCCAUUAUUGUACCUAUAAACUGGUCUUUGUUUAGAUGUUAUUAUGAAUUCAGAUCUUUCUUUGGAGGAAAAAGAAAAAAUUAUGAAUGUUUUAAAUGAAGUCACUGUCAGAUGUCUAAUGAGUGUUAAAUUGGUAAUAAAUUGAAUGUGUAUUUACAAGAAAAA